CUCUUUCAGAGACGAAGCAUUCAGCAGGUGGCAGCACGGUACUGAGCACUGACAGCUGUUGUAGAGAAGUGAGGUUACGGUUGAAUUUAUAAAAUGGGAAACACAUUGAAGGUGGCAAUGAUGAUUAUGUUGGCAACAUGUGACCAGUUAAUUAUGACCCAGUCGGAUUCAACCGAUGGGAUUGGAGAAGAUACCGCUGUUGUAUACGGGCAUCUGGAGUACUCUGACGUGGCAGUUCUAGCUGCAACAGCCACAUGCUCAGCCACAGGAGUGUUUCGUGUCCCCGGAAACUGCUCUUUGUUUCAAGUCUGCACCCCUAUCGGUUCUGGAAAUUUUCUGUCCAGCCUCGGAGACUGUGAAAACUUGAAUUUCGAUCCCGGUACUUUAGAGUGUUCCAGCACUUAUGUCUGCUCAAAUUGUACAGAGCCGGGCUUCUACUGCAAUACCAACACAACAUUUACCUUGUGCGCUGCAGCUGGCGUUUCCAUCGUAGACGAAACUGUGUGCCCGUCGGGUUAUUACUGCAAUCAGAAGUGCAUUUCCCCUUGUCUGAAUUACAUACCAGACUGCUAACAUGUCUUCAUCAUUGAGCUUGGUCUAAACACUUGCCUACACUUUAGAACAUCUUACGGUAAGCAGGACCUGAGGUUUUCAAAGAGGUGGUUAUGAAGAGUUAUGUUUUCUCGGAUAUAGCGCCAUGUAGGCCGCGCCAUAGCUCAAGCGGUUAGUC